AUGGCUGAAUCGCAGGUGAUGGAACGGACUGCCGACCCGGCAAACUCCAACGGCAGGUUCACCAUCAGCACCCUGAUCAGCACCGAGGACAGAGGCAGGCCUCACUAUGGCCAGGGGGACACGGUUGCCUACGACGCUGCCCAAGCCAACCACCUCACCCACAACACUUUCUACAUGCGGACCUUUGGCUACAACACCAUCGAAGUUGUUCCCACUUACGAAAACUAUGCCAACACAAAAGUCUCCGGUGAAGCCAAGAAGACCAGACCUACCUUGUCUGAUCUACACUCAUUCCUCAAGGUAAAUUGAAGCCAGUUUGGUUCACAGAAUGUCUGUUGCACAGAGUCACAAACAUAGGAAGCUGCCUUAUAAUCAUGAGUGUAUCUAUUUCAGUAUAUCCAGCUCAGUCAGGGGUCUCUCCUGCCACUAGGGAUUCCUCUUGGGACCUUUUGCAUGCAAAGCAGGUGCUCUAACUACUGUUCUUUACAGGUCUGCCCCUGCCUGAUCACAAUCUCCAUCUGGUCUUGAGCCAGGGGGACAAAGCAUUGAAUCUUGCCCCACAUUCUUUCCCAGCUGGAAGAAAACUUUUCCUGAUCUGCAUUACUUGGAUCACAGAAUCAUUGAAUUGUAGAGUUGGAAAGUAUCCCAAGGUUCUUCUAGUCCAGGCUCUGCCAUGUAGGAAUAUGCAGGUGGCCCAUAUGGGGAUGGAACCCACAACGUUGUUCUUAUCAGCUCCACACUGUAACCAAUUGAGCUAACCUCAACAGUGGUUGAGGAUGGGUAGCUCAGAAUGCCUCUUCUCUGGGGGACUCUUUCUUGAGGUCUUUAGCAACUCUGAUUUCUUUUUUCUGCCUUUCCCCACUAGCUCUUAUGGAAAUAAGCAAUACUGGCCAAGAGACAUGUAUAUAUUUUUAAAAAAUAAAAUAAAAAUAAGAUCAUAGAGCUAUUUUGUUCAUUGCAUUUUAAAAAAUGCAUAUAGAGAAGUGGCAUGAAAAUAGCCCCAUCUUAGUGCCCUAUUGACAUCCGCAUGCUUGGAUCGAGUUUUCUGCCUGACAGUCUGAUCACACAUUCAUUUGAGACAGCGGGGGGCGGGGGGUCUCAGGGCACAGAUCCAACUUCUAUUUUCUUUUUCUUCAAACAAAGUUUUUUAAAAUAUAAAAGCAACAGCAUAAGCAAAAAAUAAUCGGUUACAAAACAGAGGUGCAGGAGGCUGCAUUUCCCAAAUAAACAAAGAACAGAUAAUUAGAAAAAAAAAUAAAAGCAGAAAAACGCAUCAAGAAAGCCAGAUUUCGCAAUUUGGUGGGGGAAGAGAGUUUUGUAUACCUGAAUUUGACACAUAAGCAAUGAGUUCCUGCCAAAAAGUGUAGAAAUGUUCUGCGUCUUCCUUAUCCUUAGAGAUGCAUAAUUUGUGUGUUAUUUUCUCUGCUGCAGCCAGAGUAUCCAUAUUCCUGUGCCGCAACAAGAGGUUUAAGUCCUAAAGGUCUUUGGCUCUGGGUCAAAGCAUUCAUGUAAGACCUUCCAUAGAUUGGGAAAUUGCUUUUUGAUCAUCCCAUAAGUUCAAAAGAGCAGGAUUGUGGAGAAUCCUUGACAUCUGUUUUCAGUAUCAGAUUAAAUCUGUGCACAUGAGAAAGAAGGUGAUGCCUCUGAGCAUGUGCAGAGAACUUUCCUCCCCCAAUGUCAAUAUGCUUUUUUCAUGGCUGAUCUUCUAGCAGUGCAAUGGAUGUCCCAGAGCCUUGUGACCCCUUAAAAGACUAGCUGUUUUAAUGUGGCAUCAUAUUUUCUGUGCCAGCCUUCUCCAGCCUCGUGCCCUUAAUAUGUUUUGGACCACAGAUGUUCUGGCAGGACCUGAGAGGAGCCAUAGUUAAGAAGAGUUGGGGCCAUCAGGCAGGGGAGGUUUUAACAUGCCUUCAGGCAGGUGCAAGAAACUGAACCAGCUUUUUUAACCAGGGUGAGUGUCAGCAUCAAGCCUGGUGUCCUGAGCAGGACCAGGUGGCUGGUCUAGUAAAACAACAACAAUAAUAAUUUCCCACAAUGGCGAGGAGAAGUUCCACAUCAGGGGCAUUGUGGGAAAUAAAAAUGGUGGCUACAUUCAGCUGCCAAGGUCCGCUUGGAACCCUGCUGUACACCAUCACCACAGCCUACCAGGGUUCACUAAUGUAGGACAGGGCUGGAGAACUUCAUGCUGAGGGGACAAAUGUGGCCCUCCAGGCCUCUCUACCUGGCCCUUGGAACACUCUCCAGGCCAUGUCCCUCACUGGCCCUGUAUCACAUCCUAAGCUGGACUCUAAUAAUGCCUUCUGACUUGUCUGGAUGGUGGAUAGAUAAAGGUUUGUAGAACCAACCUGUGGCACAAAGAGAAAAGUUUCAUUUGUUGUUCCGCCCACUUUCCGCUUUGAACCUGCCCACCAAUGGCCCUCAGAAGGUUGCCCAGGAAGGAACAUGGCCCUCAGGCUGAAAGGUUUCCUCGGCCCUGAGGUAGGAGAGGGAACCCAGAGAUGGUCAUUUUCCCAGGUCCCCCUCAAGCCUCAUUCUGCCUCAUUCUGCACCAGCAAGGCAAAGCCAGUUCAUGCAGCAGCCAUUUGGGUUCUGGACACAACCAGGUCAUGGCCAGACUGUCCACUAUGUCCCAAUAGAGCCAUACUCCUCAGCCACCCAGUUCUGAUGACCUCUGCAUUGUCCUUGCUGGCUGAGUCAGGAUGUUCUGUACCUCAGGUGUCUCUUUAUCCCAUAAUUUUUCUCGCUUUCCCCUGCCCCCAAUUUUGCAGUCUGAUUGCCAUCAGACUCCCAUCUCUUGCGGGGGUGCAAUUAGUGCCAGCACCGUCCGUUAAGAGUUUGGGUGUAAUCUUCGAUACCUCCCUCUCUAUGGAGGCGCAGAUUACAGCUAUAACAAAGGCGGCAUUUUUUCAUCUCCACCAAGCUAAGCAGUUGGCUCCUUAUCUCUCUCGCCCUGACCUAGCCACUGUGAUCCACGCGACGGUCACCUCCAGACUGGAUUAUUGUAACUCGCUCUACGUGGGGCUGCCCUUGAGACUGACCCAGAAACUCCAGCGGGUGCAGAAUGCUGCAGCGAGACUCCUUACGGGGUCUUCGCUGUGAGAUCACAUUCACCCGGUGCUAUACCAGCUGCACUGGCUCCCGGUGGAGUACAGGAUCAGGUUUAAGGUGCUGGUUUUAACCUUUAAAGCCCUAUACGGCCUAGGACCCUCGUACCUACGGGACCGCCUCUCCUGGUAUGCCCCACAGAGGAACCUACGGUCUGCAAAUAAAAACAUCCUGAAGGUCCCAGGCCUCAGAGAGGUUAGGCUGGCCUCAACUAGAGCCAGGGCUUUCUCGGCUGCGGCUCCAAUCUGGUGGAAUGCUCUGUCACAAGAGACUAGGACCCUGCGGGACCUGACAUCUUUCCGCAAGGCCUGCAAGACAGAGUUGUUCCACCAGGCCUUUGGUCAGGGCCCAGCCUGACUCCCUCCUCUGGCAACCUGCACAGAACUUUGCUUAACAGUUGCCAUUAAUUUGAUUUUAAUUAAUUUUUAUAAUGAAAUGUUUUAGAAUGUUGGAUUAUUUGAUUGUUUGAUUAUUUGAUUGUUGUUAGCCGCCCUGAGCCCGGCUUUGGCCGGGGAGGGAGGGAUAUAAAUAAAAUUUAUUAUUAUUAUUAUUAUUAUUAUUAUUAUUAGUUGUUGUUGUUUGGUUCCAGCAAGAAAGUAGCCAUCUCCACCCGCCAGCGUACGAGCUCCACAGGGACAUCAUAUUUCCCGAAGAAGGAACCGAGGAGGAGGCUGGUGAGGGGGAUGCGAAGCCUCAGGAGGAACCUGUCCGUUUUGGGUGGGUUAAGGGGGUGAUGGUGAGUACCAUUGCUUAGUUCCCCACUCCUGAUUUAAAGGAUGUCCUGGGCCAGGGCCUUUUCUGUAGUGGCUCCAUCCCUUUGGAAUUCUCUUCCCAGGUAGAUAUGUAUGGCCCCCUCUCUACUGGUUUUUAAGGGAACCCCAUUUUAUUUCAGCCAGCUUCUGAGUGGAGGAGAGACAGAAGCAUAUGAGUGUGGAGAAGCUAGGCUACUAUACAAAGGUAGAAAGUGCAUUUGUUGCUCUGCCAGCUUUUGCCUCUGGCCCCGCCCACCAAUGACAGGUGGCUCCUGGAAGGCUGCGCAGGUAGGAGUAUGGCCCUCAGUCUGAAAAAAGCCUUGCUACUCCUUGCUAUAAAUCAUGGUAUCGACAUAUCACACAAGAGUUCUCUUGGGUGAAUUGCAAAGGGGGUUUAUGGAAUCACAGAACUGUAGAGUUGGAAGGGAGCCCAAGGGUCACCUAGAGCAACCGCCUACGAUGGAGGAGUCACAGCUGAAUUGCCAGGCCACAAACUGUGAUGGAGAGACAAGGCAAGGUGCAGGGAACUGUCUUCCUUCCAGACACCCCUUGUGACAUCUUCCUUUACCAGACAGUUCUUGUCGCUUAUGCCAGGGGUCCCAAUGCUCCUUUUCUGACUAGUGCACUUCAGGCACUAGGUAUCUUUUAAAAGAAGGAAAUGUUUAAACAUGUGCACCCACCCACACAUGCACACCCUUCAGUCUGAAAUGGUACAGUCCAGGGAAGACUUGACCAUAUUGUUCUUCCGAUGCUAUAAGCAGACCCAGAGGUGUCAGGGCACUGGCUCAUAUGUUUUAAAUGACUAGAUCAGAAGAUCCUAGGUCUCUGGUCCUCCUCACAGGCCCUGAGGUGCCUAUAUGCUUCAGUUAUUCUUCCCAGUUACCAAUUGCUGCUCCCAUAACUUUCCAGAUCCGUUGCAUGCUUAAUAUCUGGGGUGUGAUUCUGUACCUGCGGCUGCCUUGGAUAACUGCACAAGCUGGAAUAGGUAAGUCCUGUUGAAUACUUCUCUUACUGCAUGGUUGAGACAAACAUAUCUUGGUACAUACAUGAGGGCUUAUCCACACUUCCAGCCUCAGCAGUUGGAGAGGUGGCAGCCCAAAGAGGACAUUUUCUUUGAGAGCUCCCAAGUUGUGGAGCCCCUCUGUAGGAAUUCAACCAUGGUCUUAAUGUCUAAGCAGUAUAAUCCAAAACAACUGCUUUUCUUCACAGCACUGACUUGGGUGAUCAUCCUGCUUUCUGUGACAGUGACCACCGUCACAGGACUGUCAAUCUCAGCCAUCUCCACCAAUGGCAAAGUUAAAUCAGGUAGUGUUUUUUGCACAUCACCUGUAGAAAUAUUGACAAAGUUGCAUGGGUUGGGUUAGCAAGUGUGUGUGUACGCAUUGAACCUCUACUUCACAUAGACAAGUCUCAUCAUUUUUUAAAACAAACAGACAAACAAUGUCCCACCAGCUUCAUCUAUCAGAACCAGAUGAGACUUCCUUGAGGGGGGCGGGUGGACCCAUUGCUGGCAUGGCUGAGGCUCAAGAGGUGUGGGAGGCAUUUGCAGAGGUGAACAAAAUGACUUUGCCACCUAGGAAGGUUCUCCACUCGAGAGACUGACAGAUCCAGGGGAUCCACGAUUUUUUGAUGUUUCUCACCUGCCAGCUUCAAAUCCUACCAAACCGCUCCCAGGAGGAGGGAUCUGAGCAGGGGCCCAGAACUAGAUGACCAUUUGGGUCCCUUCCAACUCUACAAUUCUAGGAUUCUAUGCCUGCUCAAUUGUGGUGCAGCAGUUAGGAUGCUGGACUAGGUCAUGAGAGACUAGGGUUCAAAUUCCCACUUGGCCAUGAAGGCCACUGGGUGACCUUGAGCCAGUCAGCCUCACCUACCUCACAGGGUUGUUGUGGGGAUUAUAUGGGGAAGAGGAGAACCAACUUGCAUGCCACCUUGAGAUUCUUGGAGGGAAAAGUGGGAUAUCAAUGCAAUAAGAUCAAAUAUAUAAUUUGCAGUAGGUGAGCUAUACAAGCCUUUGUGGUGAUCCUUGUGUUCCCAUAUCUCAGGUGGGACUUACUUCCUUAUUUCACGAAGCCUUGGGCCUGAGCUGGGAGGCUCCAUUGGCCUCAUCUUUGCCUUUGCCAACGCGGUGGCUGUGGCCAUGCACACGGUGGGCUUUGCAGAGACUGUGCGGGACCUGAUGCAGGUAAGCCGGGGCAACUUCUGCCACCAGGCUAUGAGGGAAUCUCUGCAAUCUUUGAACCAUCAUCAAGGACAGCAAGAGGAAGCCUGGUGCAGUGGUUAGAGAGUUGGAGCAGGACCUAGGACACCAGAGUUUGAAUCCUCACUCAGCCAUGAAGCCCACUGGGUGACUUACCACACAGGGUUGUUGUGAAGAUUAAAAAUGAGGAGGGGGAGAACUAUGGUGGAAAGGUGCAGUUUAAAUGCAAUAAUAAAAUAAAUAAGGAUAGCUCCACAUAGAGCACAAUGCCAUUGUCUAAGGCUCUAAGCAAUAGGUUACUGGCCCAUAGAUCUGUGUGAGCAGGCUGUCCCAGGAACAUCCAGAACUGAAAACAGGCACUGUGCACCACUGAAGCCACCAGGGCUCCCAGCAGCAGUAGAGACUAGGAGUUUUUCCAGACCAUGAAAGGUUGGCAUCAGAAUUUAUAGGUUGAAUCAGAACAGCCCAGGAGAUUCUACCUAUUUUUAAAUUAAAAUAAUAACUUCUUUAGCUGUGUCCAGACAUUGCAGCUAAAAAGGAUUGAUUUUCAGGCCAAGGAUUCAAAUCCCACUCUGAGCCAAUUAUUGGGGGCAAAAUGACACAGCGUGUGAAGUCUUGAGCACUCUUACAUUUUGGGGUACAUUAGUCAGCACUGAUCUUUUAACCAAAGAUCUUUCUAUUCUAAAUGCAAGCUUUUCUCUGCAGAUGGGAAGCUGUCAUAUCACGACUCCUUUCAUCUCUGCCCAUUGCCUAUGCUGACUGGGGCUGAUGGGUCCAGCAGUUUGUGUUUUUUAAAAAACACAUUUAAAAAAUAAUAAUAACCGAUUGAACGAAAAGGUCUUCACUUCACCUGGCACAGAAAAUACCAUAAAGAAGAUGCUAAGCUAGCCUCUCUCAGGUGGACAUUCCACAACCAGGUCACCACCACUAAGAAGGCAUAAGCAUAUAAUUGAGCCAUGUUCCUUCUGCUCUGGCAUUGCCUCUUCCAGAUUUCUGGAACUUUUAGGUGACAUUUAGUUAUUAAAUCAUUAAGAAAUCGUUUAAAGUAAAUAUCAAGAAAACAGGAUCACGAAAACAGAGAUGCAAUAUACAGUAGUACCUCGGGUUACAGAUGCUUCAGGUUACAGACUCCGCUAACCCGGAAGCAGUACCUCGGGUUAAGAACUUUGCUUCAGGAUGAGAACAGAAAUCGUGCAGCAGCGGCGCAGCGGCAGCGGGAGGCCCCAUUAGCUAAAGUGGUACCUCAGGUUAAGAACAGUUUCAGGUUAAGAACAGACUUCCAGAACGAAUUAAGUUCUUAACCUGAGGUACCACUGUACAAGUGAAACAGUAGCAUAAAUUCAUAUAAUGGCAGGAAUCCAGUAAUAACAGUUUCUGAUCUUAUGGGUCAAGGAAAGCCUGGGCAAAAAGGUAUGUCUUUGCAAGACAUCUGAAGCAAGUGAUGGAUGAUGCUUCAUGUAUGGCAGAAGGAAGGGCAUCCCGAAAUGGAGAUGCCAGAGAUUGAAUCUAGAGCCUUCUGCCAACAAAGUACUUUUUCUGCUGCUAACCUACGGCCCCUUUCCAACCCUGUGGACUUCUCUGCAUCACCCCCUUUCCCAGAUUGUGCCUUGAGUCCCCAGUGCACUCAUUCUGAUGCGCCCUGUCAGCACUGACUGUUGAUGUUUUUUCUGCCCAAGGAACACAACUCUACCAUGGUCGAUCCCACAAAUGACAUUCGCAUCAUUGGGGUCAUCACAGUGACUAUUUUGCUUGGCAUUUCUUUGGCUGGGAUGGAGUGGGAAGCCAAGGUAAGAGCUUCGUUAUGUAUGUGUUUGUUUUUUUAGAAGGCCUGGGACAGGGGCAGGUGUGGCUAACGGGGAGAGAGCCCUAUUCUGGUCAUGAGGAGCAACCCAUGGGGCAAGGCAGGUCAGUGAUCCCAGCACUACAGAGAGCUCCAAGGGGCUGGGAGUAGAUUGAGGUCUUGGGAGUCUCUGCCUCCAGCUCGCCUCUAUUAGGCUCCUCCCCUUUUGGAGAACCAGGGUCUCUUAAAAGACCAAACACACGGCCUGAAGAUGGUCUCCAACAUGAGGUGCUCCUUGUGCUGAAAGGUACCUAGUAUGGGGACACUCAGUUCCCAGUAGGGUUGUCAUUGUCACAAUGGAUUUGCUUGGUCUUUGUAGGCACAGGUUCUUUUCUUCUUUGUCAUCAUGAUCUCCUUUGUAAACUACCUUGUGGGAACCAUCAUUCCAGCCAGUGAGGAGAAACAAGCCAAAGGAUUCUUCGGUUACAGGGGUAAGAUGCUGGCAUGAGUGGCUGAGGGAGGAGAGGACUGUUCAUGAACUGAAGUACUCCAGAAGAACUAAGUUGGUGUAAGGAAGCAGUGGAGGUUGGAAAUGAUGCAGAAGGGCCAUAACCCAGCAUGAAGGCAUCUGUUUUACAUGUGGAAAGUCCUGAGUUCCAUCCCCAGUGGCAUCUCCAGGUGGUCCUGGGAAAGGCUGCCUGCCUGAAAUCCUGGAGAGACCCUGUCAGUCUGUGUAGACAACAUUGACCUAGAUGGACCAAUGGUCCAACUCAGUGUAAGACCGCUCCCUAUUCUGGUGUUUAAACAGCAUGUGAAGUAGCUCUAAAUAUAUAACAGGGCUGAAGUUGUGUUUGUGACUAGCAAGUCAACAAGAUAAACUAGAUUAGUUUUAAAUAGUAACAACAGGAACGUUUGAGUUUGGUUCUCUCGCCCAAGGAGUGCAUUCAAUCCUCAAAACAUAAGACGAGCCCAGCUGGAUCAGAUUAAAGUUCUGGUAGCUGUGGUAGAAUAAUAAUAAUAAAUAAGUUGAGAUGGUUUGGAGUGACCAGACAGGUUUACAUCUCUCCACCCAGUCCAGUGCCCUGAGGGAGAUGGAAAUUGCCCUCUCCCAACUCAUUGGAUUGAUCAUCAGAUGUAAAGUUUGCAUACACAAACACACACGUGACAAAACCUUCUCUUUUCCAGCGGACAUCUUUGCGCAGAACUUUGUGCCAAACUGGCGUGGGCCUGAUGGCAGUUUCUUUGGUUUGUUUUCCAUCUUUUUCCCAUCAGCCACUGGCAUCUUGGCAGGAGCCAACAUUUCAGGUGAUUUGAAGGUAGGCGGGUCUGGCUGCUGAAGCCCAGGGGGGCAGGAGGUGGGGUGCUGGAAUUAGCAGCCUCCUUUUGGAAACAUGGCCCAGGGCAAUAGUUGGUGUCAGAAAUUCUGGGUAUUGGGGCAGAGGGUUCGGUGGGUCCCAUUCCAGCCUCUUUCUAUAUAUAGCCUGUUGGGGAUGCAGAGGGACAAGUCUUUCAUUACAUAAAUAUAUUUCUCUCUCUCUCUCUCUUUCAGUGAGGGGUGACUUAUUACAGCUAAGCAUGAAAAGUUGCAUAUAAGUUGAAUCUUCUUUCCUUCCACCCAUGUUUCAUUUGGUAGAAGCCAAAGCCCAUGCAGUUCUAUGCAAAGCUAUGUGUGUGUUUGUGUGUGUUCCUAUAUACAUAGAAAUGUAAGGUGUCAUAACGCUUCAGUUUACCAAACACAAACUCCAGCAUGACAACAGAACAUCAGGCAAGCAAGUGUGAGAAAGGAGGGGGAGUUGCUUCAGGGAGCAGUUUGGCAAACCUGUCUCUGGGGUGCCUUCCCACCUCCAUUAAAUCUCCUCAAGUGAGGAGACAGGCAGAGUGGGGACUCAUCCACAUUUAGCUUUUGCCUCGCACUUUCCAGGCACAGGUCCGCACUUUAAAGCUCCAUGUCCUAGCGCCCCCAUUUUUUCACCCUGAAGCACAACAAACAGUGAUUUUCUGCAGGCUGCCGUUUGCUCCUGUUCAGUGUUAAAAGUGUUAAAAGAGCAAGUUUUCACUGGGAAAGCUCCAAAGCAAAAGAAGAAGAAAACGAGUGCUUGGAAAAUGGAGCUUUGAAGCAUGGGCCCUGCCUGGAAAGCACAGAGGAAAGGUAAGGUGUGGGUAAGCCUUAAGUGAGUGAGCCAGUGGCCCAGGCAGGCACGUGAGUGAUGGAGAGGCACAGGUGAGCAAAAGGGAGAAGCUGAAGGAGCUGGAGAGGUUUGGGUGAGGUGUAAAUGGGUUGGCAACAAGGUGGGGCAAGCAAGGUUGGUGAGCCCCUAGUAGUAUCACAAUUACUGGUUAAUGCAGUGAUGCCUAUGGAAGGCAUUUUCCUAAAUCUCAUUUAUCCACUUGGGUAGGAUCCUGCCGUGGCAAUUCCUAAAGGGACCCUCAUGGCUAUUUUCUGGACGACCGUGUCAUAUCUGAUUAUAUCUGCGACUAUUGGUAGGUAAUGGUCAGGCAUUAAUUGUAAUCAGCAAGAUAAAUGUAGUACGUUUCUGAGCACAAUACAAAGUGUUGGUGCUGACCUUUGAAGCCCUAAAUGGCCUUGGCCCAGUAUACCUGAAGGAGUGUCUCCACCCCCAUCGUUCUGCCCCGACACUGAGGUCCAGUGCUGAGGGCCUUCUGGUGGUUCCCUCAUUGUGAGAAGUGAAGUUACAGGGAAUCAGGCAGUGGGCCUUCUUGGUAGUGGAACCCGCCCUGUGGAAUGCCCUCCUACCAGAUGUCAAAGAGAUAAACAACCACCAGACUUUUAGAAGACAUCUGAAGGCAGCCCUGUUUAGGGAAGCUUUUAAUGUUUGACAGACUAUUGUAUUUUUUGUUGGCAGCCGCCCAGAGUGGCUGGGGAAACCCAGCCAGAUGGGUGGGGUAUAAAUAAUAAAUUAUUAUUAUUAUUAAUCAAGAGAAGCUGCCCCUGGAUGUUUUUGGACUGAGUAUGGGCUCAGGAGCAUUAUGACUUCUUAAUUCAAGGUGUAUUUCCUGAGCUACUGCUGUCCACUUGAUUCUGGUUGGUGGGCUUUACCUAUUUAUUCUGUAGGAUUCGUAAAGCAUUUAAUUGUCAAGACCAGUGAGCAGUUUACAAGGGGUACUGGUAGUCAGAGUAAACCUACUAAAGUUAAAGUUGUUUUUAAUGUUUGGUGUUUUAUCGUGUUAUUAAUAUUCUGUUGGGAGCCUCCGAGAGUGGCUGGGGAAACCCAGACAGAUGGGUGGGGUAUAAAUAAAUUAUUAUUAUUAUUAUUAUUAUUAUUAUUAUUAAACAGAAUUAACUAAUUUCAAUGGGUCUGCUCUGGAUAGAACUUAGCUGGAUACGUGAAAAUUACUGAUAAAAUCAGAUAUUUAAAACAUUUCAAAAUAUAAUCAGCAGCUUUAAAAAUAUACAUGAUAAAAUAAAAUUGCAUAUUAAAAUGCAUGUCAAAUUUACAUAUCUGAGUAGGCUUGGUUAAAGGAAAGGAAAAAUUUCAGCCAUUGUCAAAAAGAAAGCAGCAAAGGCACCUGCCCAGUACCAAAGGGCAGAGAAUUCCAAAGUGUAGGCACAGAUGGCCCGAAGGAUUGAAUCCUUGCAAAUGUGGAAUGAACAUUAUAUGGUUUAUUUAACAGGAUUUAUACAUUGCUUAAUUUGCCAAGGUCUCUAACUGGUUUGAGCCUCUGGUGAGAAAAACAAAGUAGAUCCAAGCAGCCUGAAUUUUUGCCCCCCUCUGCUUAGAGUGGCUCAUGGGUCUUUGAAAUUAAGAGCCCACGCUGUGGAGGAAAACUGUCAGAAAUGAUGCUAAAUUAUCAUGGUCCCUUUCUUAGGGGCGUGUGUGGUCCGGGAUGCCUCUGGAAACGUGAACGACACCAUCUCUGUUAGCUCUGUGGGCUGUGAAGGGAUCGCUUGCAACUUGGGCUGGAACUUCACGGAGUGUGCUCAGAGCCACACCUGUAACUUUGGGCUUAUCAAUUUUUACCAGGUAUUAUCAGCCGCACUGCCGUAGGGAAGGGUGUUUUUUAUUUGACACCUGGGCCUUGGGGAUACUUGGAAGGGGGACAAAGACACUGCCUUCUUCCAUUUAAAUCUGUUGCAGCCCAGGAUCCAACCCUACCAGAUGGGUUGCAAUCUCUGAUCAACCAUGGGCAUGAUGGCUGGGUCCAUCACUUAGCUAUGAUUCCUGCAUUGCAGGAAUAGUUUGGGUCCCUUCCAACUCUACAGUUUUAUGCUUCCAUGACUACUGAUGGCUUCUCUGCUGUGAAUAGAUCUCCAGACUGGGUUGGGGACAAAGCCAGCUGCCUUCAGAAAUGGGGAGGCACAAUGCAGGGAGGCUGGUUUAGUGCCUAGACCCAGCAGGAAUCGCUGAAUAGUCCAUCAUUCUGCCUUAUAUUAGCCCAUGAAGCUCAGUAUUCGAUAACCUAGUGGCCAUGAGCAGCUGAGCUCCCUAACUUCAGAUAUGGGAAGAGGCUUGUGGAAGCUGCCAUCUCUGAUUGGCUCUUCCUCCUUCCACCAGUGCCCAUCCCUUUCCCCACUUCCCCUGGGUCCAGGCUGAACUCCUGAGAGGUUGUGGAAAGCGGGGUAUGCUUCUCCUCCUUGCUCUGAUCAGGGCCCACAUGUAGGGAGAAGAACCCUAGAAUCACAGAACUGCAGAGAUGGAAGAGACCCCAAGGGCAUCUAGUCCAACCCUCUGCAAUCCGGGAACCACAUCCUUGACAGAUGGCCAUCCGAACUCUGUUUAAUAACUUCCAAUGGCAAGGCAGCAACAGCAAAGAGGCUCAAGAGAGGGACCCCUGAUUGGGUGGGGGCCAUGACAAGUGUCAAGUGGUACACACACACACCCAUGCUGGCCUGUGAGAAGAAGCCAAGGUGUCCUCUCCUGGUUUUGACAGAGCCCAUAGGGGACCACACAGGUUGGUAGUUGCAGCACCAAGGACAGUUGCAGGCGAGAGCCCUUGCUCUAAUCACAUUGGCGAAUGAACCAGUGGUGGGUUUUGUGUUUCUGGGGGCCGGAUCUGAAGGUUUGGAAGAGGCUAGUCUCUGGACUGGCAUAUCCUCCUUUCUAAUGAGUCCUUUUGUGUGUAUCACAUGCACUGAUAUCAUGAGCUGGGAACAUGGGUCACUGGUGUGGAGGCGAUUGGUUCCUCAGGGGGUGUAGGCUUAGAGGAGACAGACUUCACAGGGGCUGCUCUGGGGUGUCUUGGACUCCAGAGCCCAUUACCUAGGUUUGGGCUGUGCCUCAGGGCUGGCUGUAACCCUGGAGCCUGGGCUGCUGUACAGAUAGAUUGGACUGGUCUCUCUGAGUUUUGGAAGUCCAGUUUGCUGCUCUGCAUCAUGCACAGUACAUAUGUGAUCCAUUGUGUUUCCUUGCAGAGCAUGAGCAUGGUGUCUGGCUUUGCACCACUAAUCACAGCUGGGAUCUUUGGGGCCACCCUCUCCUCCGCUCUGGCCUGCCUUGUGUCAGCCCCCAAAGUCUUCCAGGUGAGAGAUGGGGACAAGUAGGACUGCUCAGCUAACCAGGAAAUUUGGAUACCCCUCCCGACCACAGUGCUAGGAUCUGACUGCUUUGGGGCUGAGCUUGAACCUGCAGGAAUGUGCUCUGAAUCUGAAUGCAAAUGACCACAACUGUCCACAAAGUGUGAAAAACCACCAGCCUUAUUCCCCCCAUCAGGAAAAGAAGAUGACUCCACAUCUUCCUUGGGAUGCUCUGAUGCUGACUGUGAGAUAAGAUAGUGAUAUGUCAAGCUAUGAUACAUCAAGCAUUUCAUUGGGUAAAACUGCUCUAAAAAUGAUGAUGAGUUUGAGCAUGUUAAUGAAAUACAGAGCCCAUUCCUUUUAUAAAUGACAGGCAGUGGGCCAUGAUCCAUUUGAACAGUUAAACCCCAUAUAGAGGUUGAUAUUCUGCCUGUUGUAAAUGUAUUUUAUCUUCUACAGAGAUUUUAUAUGAACUAUUGACACUUGUAUCAAAUAAAAUUUAUUUACAGAAGAAAAUUAAUUAGAAAGAAAACAGCAGCAGGCCCCCCAAAAUGGAUUCAUACCAAACCAGAAGCUACUCACACAAAAUGGAAGCUAAAUUUCAUGAAAAGUCUGAGAGAACAGCAAUGAUUUCACCUGAUAACUAAAAGACAUUGAUUAGAGUACCAGGUACAUGUGUUUAGGAAUGGAAUUCCAUAAUUCCAGUGCCACCACUGAGAAGCCCCCCUCUCCAGUCAUCGCCCCACUAACCUCAGGAUGUGAAGGACACGGAGAACUGCCUCCAGUUUAAACCUUGACAUUUCUGGGCAUGUUCCUGAUGGCUCGAAACCUUGUCACGAAUAGCCAUUUUGCAUCUCCCCAACAGUGCCUUUGUAAGGACCAGCUCUACCCUGCCAUUGGCUUUUUUGGGAAGGGUUAUGGAAAAAACAACGAACCUAUCAGGGGUUACAUGCUGACAUACGUCAUUGCGAUUUGCUUCAUUCUUAUUGGUAAGUAAUUCAGGGGGUCAUGAAGUGAGGGAGGGGCAGAGUCUGAUUUGACUUAGGGUGGGGCAAACAAUGGCAAUAGGAUGGUCUUUAAUUCUGUGUUGAAAGUCUUCAAUGUUAUGAUUUAAUAAAUAACAACUAUCCUACAAACACCUGAUUCUGCGCUUUGAAUAAUUUGCACAAAUGAACGGAACCUCCCUCCUUCUCUCUCCUAUCCCUGCAGCUGAACUGAAUGCCAUUGCCCCCAUCAUCUCCAAUUUCUUCUUGUGCUCCUAUGCACUCAUUAACUUCAGCUGCUUCCAUGCGUCCAUUACCAACUCCCCAGGUAAGGUGUGCUAUUUAUUCAUUUAUUCAUUGACUCUAUAUCCAUCAUGUUCUCCAAGGAGUUCAAGGUGACACACACGGUUCUCCUUGCUCCUUAUCACAACCCUGUGAGGUUGGUCAGUCUGAGAGGCAAUGACUGGCCCAAGAUCACCCAAUGAGCUUCAUGGCUGAGUGGGGAUUUGAACCCAGCUCUCCCAGGUCCUAGUUGGACACUCUCACCACCACUGGCUCAUGGUGCUUAGCAUCAAAAGUAGCACACUAGGUCAGGUCCUAGGCCACUUCCAGAGCCUCACUGUCCUGAAGAUGGGAAGCUGUUCCUAGCAGAUCUAAACAGGUUUGUGGGCCAUGCACUUGGGAGCAGGAGCUGAGCCCUUCAGUUGGUGUAUGGCCUCAUUGUCAGCCACUUAUCAUUCAGGAUAGUGUAGUGGUGAACAAGCAGGGCUGCAACAUCUGGAAGUUGGGAAGCCUGAUUUGGCUCAUCCCUAUAGCCCAACUGCCUUUCCAUAUUGGGGUGUUUCUCCCCCUCCCCAUUUAAAUUUUAUUACAUGUUUACAUUAAGCUAACAUAAUUUAUCCAGCAGUGUCCUAAAUAGUAGAUACAGUGGUACCUCGGGUUACAGACGUUUCAGGUUACAGACUCCGCUAACCCAGAAAUAGUACCUUGGGUUAAGAACUUUGCUUUAGGAUGAGAACAGAAAUCGCACAGAAGCAGCGGGAGGCCCCAGUAGCUAAAGUGGUACCUCAGGUUAAGAACGGACCUCCAGAACGAAUUAAGUUCUUAACCCGAGGUAUUGUGCAUCAAAUAUAUGUGGCUGAAUGGAUAGAUUGAGAGAUUGAUCUGCACCAGCUACCCGCUAUUGAAAUGUGUAUGAAGUACAAUAAUAAAAAAUCAGGUUGCACUCAUAUCCUGCCAUUGUGAGAACAGGAUGCUGGACUAAAUGGGCCCUCUUGAUCCUGAUCCAGCAGGAUCUUCUUAUGUUCUUAACACAACUGAGCAAAUAAAAUGGCCAAACUAAAUUAAAAAUUACACAAUUUAAAACUCAGAGAACAUCUCUAGGCCUUUAUUUUAAUGACAGUCACUAGAAACUUUCCAUUCUUUGCUAUCACCAGCUGAUCCAAGAUCCUCAUGGAGAAAAACGAUAUAAUAAUCAGCUGGAUGCCCUGGAUGAGAUGAUAAUAAUAAUGUGAAUGUGUGAGUAAUCUAGGCUCAUGACAGGUAUUUAGGUUCUUUGCCCUAUUUUACAAAAUUACUCCAACGGCAAAGAAAUAGUUCCCAUGUUUCCCCUAAUAUAAGAUCCAUUGAUCUUUGGGGAUGGCAGAUUAGUAUUAUCUGCAAGGCGGUUGCACAAGAAGAUUGCGUGUGCGCAGUGCUUUGAUCGCCAAUAAUUCUGGUUCUCUUUCAUUGCCACAUCCACCCAGGUUGGAGGCCCUCCUUCAAUUACUACAGCAAGUGGGUGGCUCUCUUUGGAGCCAUUGUGUCCGUGGUCAUCAUGUUCCUGCUGACCUGGUGGGCUGCCCUCAUCGCCAUUGGAAUUGUGGUCUUCCUGCUUGGAUAUGUUCUCUAUAAGAAGCCAGGUAUGUAACUGGGGAAACUCGGACCUGGCAUGGAUGGGCAAACAUCUCUUCAUCUGGCCAUCAGAACUCUUCCUGCAACACGCCCCCUCCCAGUCAAAGCCCCUUUCCCCCUUUUAAUGUCCUGCCCACUUUUGCCUCUGACCCCACCCAUCACUGGCAUGUGACCCCCCUAAUGUGGCUCAGAAGGGAAUGUGUGCAAUCCAGGAGGUUGGACUAGAUGGUGCUUAGGGUUCCUUCUGACUCUGCUGUGAUUCUGUGAACACCAGCUACCAUUAAGCAAAAAUAAGUGCUCUGAUCCUGCUUGGCUGUUUCUCUCUAGGGGUGAACUGGGGCUCAUCCGUGCAAGCCGGUUCCUACAACAUGGCCCUGAACUAUUCUGUGGGACUCAACGAGGUGGAUGACCACAUUAAGAAUUAUAGGUGAGGAAGUGUACAGUGCUAUCUUCUUGGUGGUUAUUGAAGACCCUCCUUUUCCAAGAAGCCUUUUAGGUCAAUAUUUUUUUAUCUUCGUCUGUGGGCCUGCAGUAAAGCUGAAUGUCAGGCAAUUCAGGACUGAGAAAAUGAAGUGCUUCUUCAUGCAGUGCAGAGUUAAACCAGCAGGCUCUUCUGAUACCCUUAUGUUCUGUAUUGGACUUGAAAUUAUUUUUUAUGUGCUUUUUUAGUAAUGUUUUUAUUGUUACAUUAUUAUGGGAUUUUUUUAUGGGAAGCAAUUCAAAAUAAAUGAUGUCAACAGUCAGGGUAAACAGGGAGCUCUUCAGCUGCCUGAGAAAGCGCCCCACUGUUGGUUCUUGUCUGAACUCCACAGGGAGCUCAUUCCACACAGUGGGAAGAGCAACAGAGGAGGCCUCAGCCGGCACAGUCAAACCAAUCACAUCAACUUUGGAGGACUAGAUGGGAAUAGGCCUUCCGAGAGAUAAUCUGGUCCCAAGUGCAGCCUAUGACUUCUCAUUGUUUCUCCCUCAGACCUCAAUGUCUGGUGCUGACUGGCCCUCCCAAUUUCCGCCCAGCCCUGGUGGACUUUGUGGGCACCUUCACCAAAAACCUGAGCCUGAUGAUUUGUGGGAAUGUGUUGAUCGUGAGUAUUUAUCACCACAGGAGAAUCAACUUUGCAUGUUGUCGACAUGUCUGUCUGCCUGUUGUAUACUUCUGAGGGCACCAGGCUAUGAAUGGUUUCAUCCAGGAGCUCUUUUGGAGACAGCUGAUUCUCUAUGAAUCAACCACCUACAGUGAACCCAUGAGAUGUGAAGGCUAGCAUACAGAACCCAUGGUCUCAAAGCAGGGACCUUGGUGCCAAGAGAGGGCGAUUUCAGACCUCCAGGUCAGUUUGUAAGCAAAAGAAAUAGCUAGUUGGGCUGAUCUCAACUGUGCUACAGCACUGUGGGUGGUCUGGAGUGGUACUGCAGAUUCUGGCUCAGUAGGGAUCAGGAGGCCCCAAAAGCCAAUUGAAUCCCAGCAUGAGCCUGUUGAAAUGCUGGUUCUGGCUUCCUCAGUUUGAUUUACUUGCUGCUACACCAUGCAAUCUACCUGUGUAACCUGCUGCUUGCUUAUGCACCAGCAGCCCUGCCAGGCAGAUGCCUAGAACACCCCCAAUGGGAAGUUGGCAGUGACCCCCACCCCUCAACUCCCAUCUCCAGAUGUUUAGGAGGGACUGGAGCACCUGCCUUUUCAUACUUUGUGUUCGCAGCAGAAAACAACUGUGUUCAUGCUGGAGUGGCCACAGCAAAUCUGGUUUCCCCAUCAAGCAGGAUGAAAGCUGCAUUUGAUUCUGUUUGUUCCCCCUGGAAGGAUAGUCAGCUAAUUAAGCAGGACUGAAUGAUAGGCUCGGAAGAUAUGGAAGGCAAUCACUUCCAGCUGCAGCUUAAUUGCCAAGGCAAAGAUCAGAAGCUGCUUUUUGAAAGCAGGGCACAUUAAUCACAGGAUGGCAUUCUGCUUCCAGAUUACCUCUUAUUCUCUGCCUGAGGUGCAGCAAUUGCAGAUGUGGUGGCUGAUCAAUGGGGAAAUGAUUGGCCCCUUUGCAUUAUUAAGCUGGCCAAGUGCCAAAUUUAAAAACAACAACACAGAGGUACCCCUUAGCUCAAACUUCCUGGGCUCUGAAGGCCUUUCUGCAAACUGCAGACACGAGGAAGUGGCAUGUGGUUUCUCACUGGUAUAAGAAGGAGCCUCUGUGCAUGCUCAGAGGGAUGGCUUACACCUUUUGUGACUGAAAUAGGAUCCUAGGUGCAGGUGGCACCCAUGAGACAAGCCCAGGGAUGGGAUCUGAUCAUAGGCUCUGUGUCCAGCUUGGACUUUAACUCGCAUCAGCCCCAUUCAGCACAGCCAACAGUUAGAAAUGGUGGGAAUUGUAGUCCAAAACAUCUGGAGGGCGCCACAUUAGUGAAGUGCAAUUUGGAUAACUUGAUGGUCACAUGAGUCAGGAAGGGUGUGCCUGUCUUAAGCCAGCUACCCUUGGGUCUCCCACUGUUUUCUUCUGCUUUCUCACAGGGGCCAGGCAAACAGAUGAUGUCUGAGUUCCGUCUUGCUUCCAGAGGCCACGUCAAGUGGCUGACCAAGCGCAAAAUCAAGUCUUUCUAUACUGAUGUCUUAGCUGAGGACCUGAGAACUGGAGUUCAGAUUCUUAUGCAGGUAAAAAUCAAACAAAAAGAAAGAAAUCUUGAAAUGCUGAAGGUAAGUAGGCAGCCCAUGUCUACAACGACUGCUACAUUGAAGAAUCCUUAAAACAAUUUUUGUGAAAGUUCAGUAUUCAUUGGACAAAUAAACUGUUGUAUCUUACUGUCUGUUUUCAGCAGCCGUACUUUGUGGCAGAAUGCGGCAUGCUGGUGGCAUUACUGAGGGCAUUGUCCUGCUGCUUUCUCCUGAGGAAAACUGCUCUUUAGCACUCAAUCAGAACAAAUGGCAAUUUGAGUUUUCUCUGGCUUGAUGUUUCCUUUGAUUUAGCACUAAAGAGCAGGUUAUCCCUGGGAAAAGAGUGGAGGAAGGGGAAAACCAUUCAGACCUGUGGUUUCUAGGAAAAGGACAAGUGUGGAUGAGCCCUGAGUUAAGUUUAGAGAAAAGGCGAGUAGGAGGUGACAAGAUAGAAAUUUAUAAAAUUAUAAACUUGGCUAGAAAAUCCCCACCCUCCACCUAGUUGUUUCCACCCAAGUUCUUAGUUCAGCCCCUUGAGGAAUGAGGAGGGAGUGUCUGUGUGGCCCUGAGCCCGGCUUUGGCUGGGGAAGGCGGGAUAUAAAUAAAUUUUAUUAUUUCUUAUUAUUAAUGAUACCCCCUUUUUCUCUGCUUUGAUAAAGGCUUCCGGUCUUGGGAGAAUGAAGCCCAAUGUCCUUGUGAUUGGUUACAAGAAGAAUUGGCAGGCUGCCCAUCCACAGACGGUGGAAGAAUACAUUGGGAUUCUGCAGUAAGUUGGGUCAUGGCAUGGGAUCCAUUUAAAUGAAUCAGCAGCUGCAGCUGUCUGUGGCCACCAUUAGCACCAGGGAUGGGCAGAUGUGUCUGUUUAUGACUUGGGCAAAUUUUCCAUAUGUUCAUUUAUAAAUCUGCUCCCGUCUUGACCAACACUGAGGCUAAGGAAGAAGAGGAGGCUGACAGGCAGGGCCAUCCUAUGAGCUGCUUGUAAGUAAGAAGGCAGGUGGGGGGUUGGCUGCAGGGCAGAUGUGGGUUGGUGGGCAGUGCCCCAUUUGCCUUCAUGGAGACCAGCCUCUGCUGAUUCCAACCAGGACUUCUGAGAUCUGUCUUACAUUGACUCUGGCAGCCCUUUGGUUUUGUCUUCCAGUGAUGCUUUUGACUUCAAGUAUGGCGUGUGCAUGAUGCGGAUGAAGGAGGGGCUCAACAUCUCCAGGCUUGUGCAGUCUCACAGUGAGUUUCUCCACCACAUACUGUCUGGGCCAGAGGCUUCCUGUAGUUGAGUUGAUUUGCCUAAAAAGGAUGCAAUUAGGAACAGAGGAGGCAGCCUCUAGCAGCAGCUCUCCAGAGCUCUCCAGAGUUUGAGGCAGGUGUUUCUCCCAGCCCUACCAGGAAAUGCCAAGGAUUAAACCCGGGACCUUCUGCAUGCAAAACAGAUGCUGUAACCACCGAACUGUGGGACACAGAAAAGAACACAGGAAGCUGCCUUUGGAUUUGGACCAUUGGUCAAUCUAGCUCGGUGUUGUCUACGAUGACUGGCAAUAGGGCUGUAAGAUUUCAGAGAGGGGACAAUUCCUAGACCUAUUACAGACACUGCCGGGAAUUGAACCUGAGACUUUUGCAUGCAAAGCAGAUGCAAAGCAAUGACCUGUUCCUUCAUCCUAACUCAUGAGGAAGGUAGGGGCUUCCCAGAUGAUAUGCUGCACUCAACAUAUUAUGUUAAACAGUGGCUCAUCACAAGCCAUUGUUCAGUGUUAGGCACCAGGCCAAGAGGCGAGGCAAACAAACACAAAAAUCAAAUAAAUCUGAUCUUGCUUCUUUUGGCCCUUCUCACUAGUGUAAGGAGGAAAUGAAUCACAAUCCUUGUCACCAUCCAAUUGCUGAGGGGGUGUUCUUUUGCUCCAAGCCAACCUCCAGAGCAGCUUUUCCAAACUUGAUGCCCUUGUGAUGUUUUGGACUACAACUCCCAUCAGCCCCAGCCAUGGCUGUGUUAGCUAAGGCUGGCGGGAGAUGUAGUCCUGGGCAGCUGGAGGACACCAGGGUGAGGAAGAGUGAUCCGUUGUGUUCAUUGCAUAUUCUCUUUCCUCUAGUUAACCCCGUGUUUGACCCAGCAGAAGAUCCACAGAAGAACAUUGAAGAGCCUCCUGUGAUAAGUACAUGUCAGUUCCCAGCAGGUUCAUUUCUGUGACCUCUAGUGCUCGUCUUUCUGUUAAGACUGUCUUACCUGUGGGGAAAGUGAUUGACUUGGGCCACAGAUGGAAGGCCUUUGAAAUCAGAGUGUGCCAACUCAGAGGUUUGAUUUCUUCUCCUAUAACACAGGAAGAGAAACCUGCCAUUUUGGGCCCUGUCUCGACCAUUCUCCUGUCGUGUCCUGCUUGUGACCUUUCCUCAUUGAUCUGGUUUGGCCACUGUGAGAACAGGAUGCUGGACUGGAUAGGCCUUAAAAGGAUCUAGGACAGUACCCAGAGUAGCCAACAUGGUGCCUUCCAGAUGUUGUUGAACUACAGCUCUCAUCAUUCCUGCCCAUUGGCCCUUUUGACUGGGGCUGAUGGGAGUUGGAGUCCAACAUCUGGAGGAUUACAAAGUGAAUAUUUCAUUCUGUUGGUUAUGCUUACUCCUAGGAUUUAUGAUUUCUGCCCUAGCUUUGCAAAUAAAAACAAUCCCACAUUCAUUUUGCCCCCCCUGCCCAAUUUGGUUACUCUCUGAGUCAGGACCACAUCAGCCCCAUGUAAACAUCAGCUCCAAGUUGCCAUCAUGUUCUACUGUCUCCUACAAGGCCUGUGUUAUGCCAAAAUUAUUGAAACACAUUUUACCAUGUGAUAAGAGCUGCCUGUGAGACUAGGGAUGGCAUUUUCUGAAAACUUCCAUGCUCUGUUUCUCGGCACAUAUUUUCCCCCCAGUUCCCAUCUGGCUCCUAGAUUUCAACAAGAAAUGAGUUGUUUAUUUACCAGUCACACUAAAAAUACAAACUAUUCUCAGAUUAUAUAUGCACCAUCAUAGUAUAGUAUGUAUAAUUAUAUUAUAUGCAUACUAUAUAUAUAUAUUCCGUGUUUCCUAAACUAACCAGAACAUAAGCCAAUGCAUACAGCAAUACAUAUAACUAUAUAAAAAUACUUACAUAUUAAUAAUAAAUAUACUUACAUAAUAAUAAUACUUACAUAUUAAUACUUAUAAAAAAAAUGUUGCAGAAAUACAUGACAGCAUGGGACUUGGCUCUUUUAUACGUAGUUAGUCCCACUCAGAGGAGACCCACCGAAACUGAUGGCCUAACUUAGGUACAUUAAUUCUGACGAGUCUAUUCUAAGUAGAACAUAGCUGGAUACGACUCAAUAUAUAAUUUGCAUAUUUUUAUAUAUAAUUAGAUGGUUUUUGUUUUUUUUAAAGUUUCCUAAUGAACAGAAUGGGAAGUGGAGCAUCUCAAGAGGGAUUUCAUAAGCUUGCAAAUUCACUUGGUGAGUGGCAUUUGAAAUCCUGGGCACUCUCUUACUCAUGCAGUGGGGAUCCUUUUUAUUAUUAUUCCUAGUGGACCCUGAUGCCUUGGUAGCAGAACAGCAAGCAAGCACUGCCUUCCAGAUAGAGCAGGGCAAGAAAACCAUUGACAUCUACUGGCUCUUCGAUGAUGGAGGUAAUUUCAGCAUCCUUCUCCCACAUAGGUAAGGAUUUGUGGUACCAAAGGAGUGUUGCACCUUCUGGUCCAACCCCCUGCUUGGACCCAUCACUGCCAUUUUUGCUUUGGGGCUCCUGGGUCAGUGGUGUCCCUUUUUCAUAAGGGAACAGUUAGGGCCACAGGCGCCAGCUUAUGAGGAUGAUGGAAGGGGAAACAUCACAUGCACCAUGUCCCAAUAUUGCACACAUGAGCAUUGUGCCUCCCUCAGUAAACUGGGUAGAAGCUUCCCGAGCUUUGGGAAGGAGGCAACAUGCUUUAAUACUUUAAUACUCUAGUUUACUGAGAACAUUUAGGGGACUAGCCUAGUCCCCCUAAGGCCUGAACCAAUGGAUUCAAAGUACAAAUAACAAAAAAGGAGAUUCCAGCUAAACAUUAAGAUGAAUUUUCUGAUGGUCAUAGCAAUUCAACAGUGGAACGGACAACCUCCAAAGAUGGUGGACUCUCUUUCAUUAGAGGUUUUAAAACAGGUUGGAUGGCCAUCUGUCAAGGAUUCUUUAGCUGUGAUUGUGGCAUUGCAGAGGGGUGGACCAGAUUACUCCUGAGGUCCUUUCUCACUCUAGAGUUCUAAGAUUCUUUGGUCCCAGGGGCUGAUCUGAGGCACAUGAUGCAGCAACCUUGCUAAAGCUAAGCUGGUUUGGGUUUGGCCACUCCUUGGAUGAAAGGCCACCUGGGUACCUUGCCUAUAGCCACCAUAGGCUCCGUCUUGGAAGUACAGUGUGAUAUAAAUCAGUAUUUGCCAACCUGGGGCCCUGGAGAUGAUGGGAGUUGUAGUCCAAAACAUCUCUAGGGCACCAGGUUGGGAAAGACUGAAAUAAACGAAGGAUUCCCAGACUCCAUUUUCUCUGCAGUUAUUUGAUCAAGAGCCAUUCUGUGUUUUUACUUGGCAGGCCUGACGCUCCUCAUCCCUUAUCUCCUUGGGCGCAAGAAGAGGUGGGGGAAGUGCAAGAUCCGGGUGUUUGUCGGAGGGCAGAUCAACAGGAUGGAUGAAGAGCGCAAGGCGUAAGUCUAGGACCGCUUGUGGCCUCGGUUGGAUUUGUAUCCCUUGUGCUCUGGGAGAGGGCUGUGGUAGUUCUCAGGCCCUGCUUGCGAGCUUCCCAUUGGGGCAUCUAAAAGGCUGUGGUUACAAAAGUAAUUAGGCUAUCUAUAGAGUUAAAACAAUGCAAAAAAAAUAUGUAUCUAUUAAAAUGACAGGAGGGUGCCCGGUUGAGGAAGGCUGGUCCAAGAUGCAUAGCAAAGUUCCUAACAUGAAGAGAGGUUAUCGCAUUUUAGUUAUCCUCAGAAUGUAAAGAAUCAAUGUGUGCACUGGGCAUAGGAAAACAUAAAAACGAAACUGCUGCCCCCUGCAAAAGGUACUACCGGUCUCUUUCUCCUCUUGCAGGAUCAUCUCGUUGUUAAGCAAGUUCCGACUUGGGUUUCACGAGGUCCAUAUUCUUCCCGACAUCAACCAGAAACCCCGACCUGAACAGUAAAUCAAGACUUAACUGUAGCUUCUUGCUCAUCCAGUUUAAUAAUCUGCAAUUGACUUUUUUAUUGUUAUUUUGUUUAUUUAAACAUUGAUGGGUGUUGUUUUUUUACUUAUUCCUUAAAUUUUAAGGUUUUUAAAAAAAUAUAAAUAAUAAUAAUAAUAAUACAGGAUGACUGUGUUAAAUGCAUAACAUGACCUCCUGUUUUUUGCAGUGGUAAUAUAUAUAUACAUAUAUAUAUAUAUAUAUAUAUAUAUACAGUGGUACCUCGGGUUACAUACGCUGCAGGUUACAUACGCUUCAGAUUACAGACUCCGCUAACCCAGAAAUAGUACCUUGGGUUAAGAACUUUGCUUCAGGAUGAGAACAGAAAUUGCAUGGCGGCAGCCGGAGGCCCCAUUAGCUAAAGUGGUGCUUCAAGUUAAGAACAGUUUCAGGUUAAGAACGGACCUCCGGAACAAAUUAAGUACUUAACCCAAGGUACCACUGUACAUUAAAGAUCAUGUAAUAAUUUGUAUCAGAAGCACCUAACAUUUUACAUUAGAAAAAUUAGCUAUAAAUAUGACUUUUAAAACUAUGUGGAAAUGUGGUGAAAUUAAGGCUUUGAUGGAGGAUAGGGCUGUCAGUGGUUACUAGCCACAAUGACUAGGUUUCUCCCUCUACUGUUGGAGGCAGUUUGCCUCUGAAUCCCAGUUGCUGGAAACCAGAGGGGAGGGGAUUGGGCUCUUGUGCUCAGGUCCUGCUUGUAGGCUUCUCUCAGGCAUCAGGUUAGCCACUGUGAGAACAGGAUGCUGGCCUAGAUGUGCCACUGGCCUGAUCCACCAGGGCUCUUCUAAUGUUCUCAAGGCUAGAAAAACAAGACACUGAAACUGAGAUUUGUACCCAACUUGGUAUUACAGACCUGUAUGGGUCCCCACAGCUGACAGUUUCAUGUUGGAUGGUGGAAUGUUCUGGGGAAGAGAGAUCCUAGAUGGUCUAUUUGGUUCAGGCAGAAACAAUGCCACCUGGUCACUUACAAGAUCUCCAUGGUUUUGUUGACAGUGUGAAGAGAUUUGACGACUUAAUCGCCCCAUUCAGACUGAACGAUGGCUUCAAAGACGAGGCGAUGGUGAACGAGAUGAGGCACGGCUGCCCAUGGAAGAUUUCCGAUGAGGAAGUCAUGAAAAAUAAAGCUAAGGUCUGAUGGUCUCGCUGGCCAUGUGGAGAGUGGGCUUUGCCACCACAAAAAGUGAAAAAUAAUUGCUGUCUCCUCUCAACGGGUCCCAAGGCCUUUAAUGCAGGGGUGGCUGACCUGUGGCCUUCGAGAUGGCACUGGACUUCUGCAUUGUUUAGCAUGCCCUUCUUCCCUCUCCCAUUCACGAAGCAUCACCCGUCAGUUGCUUCAGGCAACUCAUAAAGGCAUCUCUUUUUGCCCUGACUUUCCCUGACCCACAAGAUUGGACUAUCUUAUUACUGAAUUCCCCGUUGUUGUUUUUUAAUUACACUGUUUUGUUGGUUUUCAAAUUGUAUCUCUGUUUUUAUACUUUCAUUGUUUCUAUGUUGCAUUUUUUAAUACAGUGGGCCUGCAACUUACAUGGGGUGGGGGGUGGUCCAUGAGCAAAGGCAAAACUGUGUAGAGUCAGCAAACCCCUGGAAUCUCCCUCCCAGCUGUGCAACCAUCCCUACCCGUCUGGAGUGGGUAUUGCCCUCCAUCUCCCUUUCCAGGCUCUUGUAAAGUCGUGCGACCUUCCCAGUGCCCAGUAAGCAAGACAGAAGGCCCAAAAGCUCCACAGUGGGAAAUAACUUUUUAAGCCCCCCUGUCUUGCUUAUCGGAUUCUGGGAAGGUUGUGGAGGAUCUUGGGUGGCUCCUUCUGACUCCUCACUCCCAGUUUCCAGUUAUUUAUUUCCCCCACACAAAGCUGCAGUGACGUAAGUAAAUUACAUGUAAAUUGUGGGACCACUCUACCGCCGAGAGAUUUUUUAGUGGUUUACAAUGCUUUUAAAUAAAAAGAAACAAUAAUAAACCCCAGUUGGCAUGGACAACAGUCAGGUGAAGUAUAAGUUCAGCAACAUCUGGGCUGUGGGCACAUGACGCCUUUAAAGCACCUUCGUAGCACAUUCAUUCCCUCAACAAACUCUGGGCACUGUAGUUUAUGCCUCACAGUUACAAUUCCCAGCAACACUUAACAAACCACAUUGUUCAGAGUGGUUAUACAGCCAGCCCCUCUUCCCAAGGAACACAGGGAAAUGUAGCUCUGUGAGAGGUAAUAGGAAUGUCCGAACAACUCUCAGCACGCUUAACUAACCACAGCUUCCAGGAACCUUUGAGGGAAACCAUGACUGUUUAAAGUGCUAUCAAAACUUUAAAUGCAUGGUGUAAAUGUGGCCUUAAUCUCUGUGUUUACUGUCUAUUCUCUCUUCCGCCCUUCAGUCACUUCGACAAGUGAGGAUGAACGAAAUCUUGCUGGAUUACUCACGAGAUGCAGCCCUCAUCUUCAUGUGAGUAAGACAAGCCACCAACCGAGUUUUUGCAAGUGCUUUGUGAAAUGUUGACCUUACAAAGAAGUAUGGCUGGAAAUGCAUUGAUAUGGGCUAGUCCUGCACAACCCAGCAAGUUGAAGCAUCCAUGCAUGGUGAAAAUCAAUCCUUAAUAAUAAAGAAAACUGUAACAAAAUAACAUAAUGAGAGAAACUAAAUACAACAACAGGAGGCAACAGACACUGAAGGGGAGGGGCUGAUUCUGAAGCAAAACACACAAGCCCUACCCACCAGAUAACAAGCACUAUACUAUUCAAAUUAGGCCCCAGUGGUUUUUUUUACAUUAACAACUCUCCUGGGACUGUAGUCCCGGCAGGCAGGAUUUGCAGGUGCCCCCUCUCAGGUCCCUGGAGGGUUGCCAUGCGUAGCUAGGGUGGGCUGCAUUCAGCACAACACAGCAGAUGUUGUGCAGGCCAGAUUUAGAUUGAGCAGCUGUGUCCCCAGCCUGGUAAACCUCUAGAUGUUCUGGGCUAUAGCUUCCGUCACCCAGAUACUACAGGUCUCUGGCCGUGCCAUAAAAAUAAGAAACCAGCUGUAUUUACGACGAACAAACACAAGCUGCUCUCUGCUUUCUCCAUCUUUUCUUUUCAGAACGCUGCCGAUAGGCCGAAAGGGAAGAUGUCCUAGCAGCCUCUAUAUGGCUUGGCUGGAAACCCUCUCACAGGACCUGAGACCCCCCGUCAUCCUGACCAGGGGCAACCAGGAGAAUGUCUUGACCUUUUAUUGCCAGUGAUUCUUGGGCAGCUGAAUCAAGAUGAAGUUGUUCCAGGCCAGAUCCUGCUCUUAGGACUUGGGCCUCCUGGAGGGUCUGUUUCUGGUGGUAGAAGGUCCACAAUAAAAGACUUGUGGUGUGAAUUAUGAAUAUUCCUGAGCUGUGAUGUGAAUUAGGAAUAUUCUGCCCUGCCACAAAUUGUUAGGGGAAUAAUCUGACCAAUGGUCUCUGGUAGAUUUUGAUGGAUUGCUGAGGGGAUGUAGUUCACCAUGUGUCCUGCUGUACGGAGGAGAGUCCUUGAGUUGAAGGCAUCCUCUACUUCAGGUGUGGUGGUAUUUCCUUCCCCCCAGAUGUUGCUGAACUACAACUACCAUCAUCCCCUGGCCAUGUUUGCUGGGGCUGAUGAUGGGAGUUGUAGCUCAACAACAUCUAUAGGGCCAAAACUUGCCAGCACCUACUCUAGUUGAAUGGUUGCUCAGUCUAAGUUAAAUAGGGUUGCCAUAUUUCAAAAAGUAAAAUUCCUGACAUCCGCAGGGAUGGGGUUUUUUUUGGGGGGGGAGGGGAAUAGUGAUUUUAAUCUUCUGGAGCUGUUCCUGCUGUUUUUCCAUCACAUUGACAUACAUCCAGGUUUUUCCUGGCAUUUUCCCCGACGCCACUUUUACACCUGAAAACCAGGACGUGUCAGGAAUUUUCCUGACGUAUGGCAAGCCUAAAGUUAAAGACUAAUAAAAUUAUGGUGGGGGGCAGGGCUCACAGUAGUCCAUCAUUAAUUAGAACCCAGAUGGCAGAUUGAGCAGGCAUAGAGGUUGACACCUUCCCCACUAUGGUGAAAUGGAUUGUAU